AUGAUGCUCCUCACAACAACGUCCAACUCCCCAAGGGCUAGGGCAGUUCAAUUCUUUUUACGAUGGCGAGCCUUUCAGGCAUUUCUUGUAAUCCUGAUAUUUCUCAAUCUCCUUGCAUUCUUACCGCCCAGGACUUAUGCUACGAACUUCGAGCAAGAGGCACAAACAAGACCUUCCAACCUUUCAGCCGCCCAUGAAGCCCGUCAACACAUCGGACGAGUCUUCAUCGCAUCCCUGUUAAAGGACAACGAAGAUCUCUUGAAAGGAGGGUGGUCCGAUGCGGUGGUCAAUCUUACCCGUGCCCUUGGUCCUGAAAACGUCUGGGUAUCAAUUCAUGAAAGUGGCAGUCGGGAUGGCACAAAAAGAGAGCUGCAAGUACUAGAUCUUAAGUUAAGUGCACUAGGUGUGGGCCACAAGAUCAACAUGGGAGACAUUGGUCAAGAGAUGGAUGAUAUAAUACCAGAAGAUGGGCCUGGUUGGAUUACUGCUGAGGGCAGACGCCUGAUGCGCCGAAUACCAUGGUUGGCCGGAUUGAGAAACAAGAGUAUCGAACCUCUGACGGAUUUGGUAGCCAACAACGUCACUUUUGACAAGAUCCUAUUCCUUAACGAUAUCAUCUUUACUUCGGAUGACGCGCUGGAAUUACUUGGCACCCGUGAUGGCGAUUAUGCUGCAGCUUGUGGCUUCGACUACAGCAGACCGUGGCCUACUGCUGCGUUCUAUGAUCAAUUCGCGACCAGGGACUCCAGUGGACAGGAGCUCAUAUCUCUAUACCACCCAUACUUUGCAGAGGGUAGAUCAAGAGACGCGAUGCUACAAGGUUCACUGGUCCCCGCCAAAUCUUGCUGGAGCGGUAUAGCGGCUUUUGAUGCGGCGCCAUUCCAGAAUCUACAACAUCCUCUGCGCUUUCGCGCAGUCAAUGAUUCGCUGGCAGAAUAUUUCCUCGAGGCGAGCGAGUGUUGUCUGAUCCACUACGACAACCCACUAUCCAUAUUUAAAGGUGUAUGGAUGAACCCCAAAGUUCGUGUGGGAUACAAUGGAGAGCGGUAUGAUGCCGUGCAUCGUCCUCAGAACUGGCCAUCCACAACAGAGACCACACUCGGCCUCGUCACCCGUGUCUUCGCACGGAUAUUGCAACUCACGCCAAGACCAAAAUUGAUUGACCAGCGGUACGAUGAAUGGGCAGAGAAGUCCAUGUACCACACAGAAAUCGGAUCAGACUGUCUAGUCAACAAAAUGAUGGUUGUUUCUGGCAAGGGACAAUGGAGUGCAGUCCGGGAGUCGUCAUGA